CUGCCAACAUCACGUCGUUCUCGUUGUCGCCGCAUAACCUAUUCCCGACCGAUUUUACCUUCGCCCUCGCACGCAACACUUUGUCUACUCAACACUAUAGAAUCGCUCAUUUUCUCCUCCCGACGAUUGAAAAACGAUCGUGUCACAACUUCGCCCUCCUCGCGCCAAACCAACGACCUGCCAGGCACGGUCUGGGACUCACUCAUGAUAUGUCUGACUAGUCCGGGAAGUCAUCAACAGUGUUGAUGAAGCUGUUCAUAGCCCUUGCAGGAGUUUGUUCUCAGAGAUUGUUUCAUCUGGAUGUUCCUUGAGGUGCGACGCGUCUUGAUCUGUGAUGGAACAUCUCAAAGCUUGCCCAACGAAUGCGCAAGCGAUUGGUGGUAUCGAUGUUGUGUACUAUCAAACUGUCGUCGUGAGACAAUUGGAGGAACCCCCAACAGGCAUACCUAAGAACAGUGCUCGAGAUGGGCUGCAAACCGUAGAGGCCGCCUUACGAAACACCCGUCGUCUAGUCGCAAGAGACCCGGGCCGGUCAUUACUUUGGCUCUUUAAGAGUGGCGAUUCUGACCAUGAUGCCUACUUACAGUUGGCCGAGCCAGAGAGGAUUGCGAAGAUGUUGGGCUUUGAUUUGAUUCCUUCAUCACAGGGACAAAUCAAAGCUACAGAGCUAAUGACAUUUCCAAAAAGAGGCUUUCCACAAGGGACCUUGUCUACUCCUCGCCAUCUUCAUACUGCAAACCCUCGAGCAUCCACCGCUAUUCUCUUCACUACUCACGAGCAGCGUCCAAUCGAUACUUUAGCCGUAUACGAACUCUUCCUUUCUGCCGUGAUUGGAUCGUUGGCGUAUGACCUGAAGGAUGAGGCCAAUUUGAUUCCUUUAAAUGCCCGCACAUUUGUAUUCGACAGCCAGCCCACGGCUACACACGAUUCGGAUUCUACUUCAGUACUCCUAGUUACACUUGAUGUGCAUUGGGGCUCUUCUGGGAAUCUAAUUGUGUAUUGGUCGUUUCUCAAGAAUAAUUGCAUAGUUCCUCUGCCUUCGUUACUUCUCAGCGAGAAGGACGCCCCAAAGAAAUUAUACCUUCGCAUCGCUCCCAGCGGUAUGGUUGGCACAAUAACACCCAACGAAAUCCUCAAGGGGUCUCUAGGUAGUAACGUACCAAGCGAGAAGUCCCGCAGAAAACGUUGCCGUCGACAAAGCCUAGAUGAUAAAUCAUCUGAAUGGAAGAACAUGGUUGAAGCAUGGCUUGAAAGUAUUGGUAUUCGUCUAGCUGCUCUAGAUGACAGCACUAGCUGGGCCCGGAUUGGCCUAGAAAAUCGGAAAGAUGUGACUUCAAAGUCGCAUACCAACAUCACCAGUUACCUACUAUGGCCUAGGGCUUUGUGUUUCGUGUAUGAUGGCAACAAUGCACACCAUUCCUGUGUCUCGGAAGCUGAUAGCGAUGCACUUCAGAGCGAUGGGGGUUUGGGAUCGAUUCUGGCAGCGUCAAUUGGAUCGUCAGAUUGCCUGGAGACUGCUCGAAAGUGGCUUGCCGACUCGGCAGAACGUAAUUCAAACAAGAUAAUUCUCCAACAGCCGCGGGGAAUCGGGAAGCUUUCAGUACCUCCCCUUAUAGACAUCUCGUUUGGACCCGGACCAUCGUCUCCCCUCUAUCUACGUGCUGGGGUGCUUGGGGAUAUGCAUGCAGGUGGAGGGGUUUAUCCCACGCCACCAGACGGUAUACUAAACCCUAGUACAGGAGUCUCAAUCACCACGGAAGGCCCUCCCAACUCUGCUGGCAUUAUAAGCAAUGACCAAACAAAUCCUACCGCGUUGGCAACGCCCAUAUUGCCCAGCCAGAGCGACCCAGUGAUAUCUGAUGUCAUCGACGCUCCUAAUGCGGACCGAGAGCUUGCACGUCCGGAAAAAGCGAAUGAGCAUGCUAUGGUUGGCGACGAUGCCGACGACUUGUUUGAAGACACGGACGAAGACGAGUUUACUGGAAAUAAUGUUACCGAUGCCGACUUCAGCUUCUUCGACGAGCCAGAUGAUGAUGAGAUGAUGGACGUCCCCGACAUUCGUGAGGUUGACCCUAAGUCGGACCCCAUCUCUCGAUCAAGUCAGGCUCCGAUAAAAUUAGAAAACUUGGACGAUGAUCAUGCGCUCACUGUCACAGAUCCCGCUAGUGAGGAUACUGAGGCUCAUGCGUACUUGAAAAUCGAGCCAGUCAACGUAACACAUGCUCAAGCAGACCCAUUACCACGCACUGGUAUUGGACCGAACAACCGGCGCCAACGCUCCCCGAGCGUGACCACUGCUCGUAAGGUGCUACGACACCCUUCGCAGCUCAAAUAUCCGCCCUCGUCCCGUGGAACUGCCGAGGUACCUCGUAAGGAGAGUAUAUUUGACCCGAUCAACUUCACUGACAAGCUGAAUUUGUCCGAUGAUAAGUACUUGUCCGGUCGCUUCAAUUUUGCAUCCUCGGCUCUAGAAGACGAUCAGUUCCCGAAGAAACACGCUGCUUUCAAUCCAUCUCAGAGUUUAGCACCCAUCCAUGGCCAUACUACCACCUCGUUCCAGACUGUGCAGCUAGGGAUGCUCGCUCAUAUUGCGGUCGAUACGAGCGACACUACCAGUUCAUCGUCGAUUGAUGAAGCAUCAAUAAAUGAUGAAGAUAACCUAGAAGAUUUUGACGGGGACAUGAUUAUUCCUGUACCAUUACCGAAGAGGAAGCGAGCAUUUGAUGAACGAUCAACUCCUGUCUCAGCUCUUUCUCCCUCAGAAGUAUCACACUUGGGAGACACAGAUACAUUUGAGGAUUCUGUUGUCGUAUCGAUUGACCCCUCGGAGCUGGGUAGAUUCGAGCCAAGCCCGUGGGAUUGGAAUCUGGCAGGAUUUCCGACACCUUCCGCAACACCAACACCGUCAUCUGGAAAUAUCUCAAGCUCAUCUCAAGGGACAAUGAAUCCUCCAUCGCUGAAGUCAGAUCCAGACAACAAAUCGACUCAGAACUUGGAUGCUGAAGCACUCACAAAGAGAGAUGUCAUCUCAAUAGCUCAAAUCUUCUCAGACCAGGUGGUCACAUCUUGCUUACAAAUGUUACCUUCUCUCGAAACGAGAAACAAUACUGACAACGAUACCCUAUUGGAUUCAUCGUCGAUAGUAGAACUUCUAGGCACUCUGCGCAGGACUGUGAAGAAUUGGUUUCCCACUGCCGCUGACUGCCAUUUAUCUCAAUAUGCAUCUUUACACGACCCGAUCCCUGAGCAAUCCCAAUCGGUCAAGUCCCAACAUCGACCGGUCGCAUGGCGAACAGUAAAUUCUGCUAAUCCUGAGGUGGCGCCAUUCCACAUCCCGUCCCCGUAUAUACGGCUGCGUCGAGCAGAGACUCUUUGGGACCUUCUACCACCGUCACUUGCCUUCUGGGAACCACUUGGCCUUGCACCUGUUAGCGACAGCAAGAACGUCAUGGGAUUCUGCGUCGUGCCCUCCCAAGACAGCAUCUGGGAAUCAGCAAGCUCAUUUCUCGACAACAUUAGCUUGGCUUAUGAGGGCUAUAAGCUUGGCACUCACUUCCGUGGGCUUACGACCGGCAACAUUCAGAACGGUCUAGUAUCGUGCGACCUAUCGCAGAGUUCGACUUACGAGACCGCCAUGGCUGCUUAUAGGACAGCUUGUCUCGAAUUAGGCAAAACACUUGGAGCGCUCGACCUGCACCACAAGGAACAUAAGAUCGCACAGCAAGUUAACACGUUUGUGAUCUAUAUAGUCAAUCCAUUCGAAUCGUCCAAAGCUCUCUGGGAUAUAUCUGCAGCAUUCUGGGGUCUGUUCCAGCAAUACGGGUCCGGUCCAGAUUGUAUCGAUAUCGUCCUACAGACCUUGCCUAUCCAGUAUCUUGCACCUCAACACGCGCCGAUUGUACUGGAAUCGAGUAUGAUGGCAAAGCUUGCUCGUGAGGUAUACGACCGUUGCCCACCUACCGGCCUCAGCGGGGAUCGUUCACCUCUCCACAUAUUCUCAGGACCGGCUAUACAUCUGGAGGAAACGCUACCUAGAACCGGUAUAUUCAAGAACACAAUAGAGCCACAUGCCGAUCCCUUACGCGAGAACUCUUAUAUGCAUGUAGGAUAUUCAGUGAGCAUGGAUGGUGCUUGGGUUACAUCAGCGUGGACGGACAACUUCGGCAAAUACCAGGCUUUCGCAUCCUAUCAUGUUGGCAACAGUCGGUCUUUCAGCGAGAUCUCUCGCGAAAUUUGGCAGACUACUCUCGACAUUAUCUCAAAGAGGAAAGUCACGUGGCGCAUAUGUCUGGUUCGCGCCGGUGUAAUGGCCGCCGAAGAAAGUGAUGUUUGGGCUUCCCUCGUCAUGCAACCAACUAACUUACAGCUAUCUAUAGCCCUGCUAUCUUUUGUUACCAAACCAUCCCUUGCCAUAUACCCAACGCAUGCCUUCCAGGAACCUCCCAGUAUCUUUGAGCCAAACACCCACGCGACAACCGUGAACACUCCUCAACCCGGAGUAUCUCCGGAUCCCUACAGCCUCACCCCUGCCGCGACUCCCUCGGAGAUGGCCCAAGAGCUCAUGAGUGACCCUGACGCGCGUCUGGUCGAUGUGACCGAUGAGACCUGGGGCAUGGUCCUAGCACAUCGUUUAAAUAACUCAAAUUCGGUCGUCGACUUUCGUCCCUCUUUGGCUAGCGGUAUACUCAUCAAACGUGGACUGAAUCCUGGUCAGACAUCUCCACCCUUUGCUUCAGAUAAUGAGCCACCUUCGGGACCACGUGUCAUGGCUGUUAACCUCAUUUUCCUUGGUGCACCUAAUCGUAACCUCAGUCCACCGACACCGGCGUCGUCACCACUUGCACAACAGGAUACUUUGAUUGGCGCGGGCGUCGCUAUCGGUAUGGGCAUGGCGAGCACGCCUGGAACGCCAGCAGCGACAAGUCCCAUUGACAGGCCCAAUCCAGGUGGAUUCAUGUUCGCAGGCUCACCGCAACACCGUGCUACAGCGGACAUGUUCUUGAGGGAGAUUCUGAUCCACUAUCGUGGACUGGGACUUCUGGCGAAGUUGAAAGGGAUGAAAGGCACAAGAGCUGGAAUGGUGCCGUGGCAUGUAGCUGUUUGUAUGCGGAGUGUCGAAGCGCUACAGAAGGGUGCUGUUGUCUGAACGAGGACGGUCAUACACUCGUUGACAUGCUGUGUUGUUUCUGGCGUUUUGGAGCAAAUGAUACCCCUGUCGUUGCUUGUUCCAUAGCAAGCU